AUUAAACUCAAAAAUUAUUCUUGUAUUAUCUUAUAAAGCUAAGGAAAACUUUCCCGUGCCUAGUAACUAAUCGUAAACGACCGUUUUACUAUUUAUUGUUUAUACAAUAAAAACUAUCAAUCGUCGAGACUCUCGUUCACUAUUGGUGUAGUGACCGCUCUCAAGCGGACGCGCGUUCCUAUUUCAAAUCAUUUAAAUUCCGCGCGAUUAUUUACAAAAAAAAAUAAACAUUCAUAAUACGUGCAAAUAUUUAUACAUACAAAAAUUCGUAUUUCGAAUUAUCAAAAUACGCGCCAGCUUUAAAAAAGUAUUUGAACGUUUUGUGUUAAAAAAAGUUUAAAUAUGGAUCCCGAAAAGAAGGAAAGUGAAGAAGUGACAGUUGACGAUAUUUUAAAUAUUCUGGGUCCGUUUGGGAAAUUCAAUAUUUUCAACUUCAUACUUAUCUUGUUUCCCGUUUAUUUAGCGGGAAUAUAUGCAUCGGUGUAUAAUUUCGAGAGCAUGGAUUUGAAUUACAGAUGUGCAGUGCCGGAAUGCAGCGAGGACGAAUCAAAUCUCAACUUCACGAUUCCACACGACGACAAUGGUAAACCUUACAAAUGUGUCCGCUACGCGCCAUUCAGCAACAAGACCAUCUUCGAGAAUGGCAGUUACUGCACUCCAUACCACUUCGACACGUCAACUGAAAUAGAAUGUGACGCUUACGUGUAUUUAGAAGAACAUUCUAUAGUUAAAGAGUUCGACCUCGCCUGCCAGGAUUGGAAGCGUUCCCUCGUCGGGACCGUCCACAACGCGGGCUUCUUCAUCUCCAUCCCUCUCACUGGGCUCAUAUCUGACAAGUACGGGCGACGGCUCGCCAUUGUGUUCGCUUCGGUAGCGAAUGGCGCGUUCGGAUUGAUACGAGCGCUCUCCGCGAAUUACAACAUGUUCGUAGUGUUCGAGUUUCUGGAGCCAGCGUUCGGUGGAGGUCUUUACACGGCAUGUUUUGUUCUUGGUAAGUAAUUAUUUUGCCUAAAUAUAAAAACAAUACCUUGAAAAAUACUUAUUAUAUUUAAAAUAGUAAUCUACUAUUCAAUAUACUAUUCUACUAAUAUUAUUUCAAAUAAAAUAUUUUUGAUAUACUAAGGCAAAAUUUUAGUUUGAAAUAUAAGAAAAAUGAAUUUAUUUUAACUAUACAUCAUUAAAAAAUGCCUUUAGCAUUUUUAACAUAUUAUUAUAUUAAAGAAUUCCGCCUUUCUAUCAGCUUGCCUCUCUGCUAAUUAGUGACGUACAAGAGAUCGCUCUAAAUAAAUAAAACUUGGCCUCGUGUUUACUCCAAACUUACCCUUUCCCUUUCACCAAUAAAACAAGUUCAAUCUAAAUCAUGAACCGUAUUUUUUUCUGUCAAUCGUGUAUUUUUUAUCGUAAAAAUAAAGACUGUCGUAAGAAAACAAAACCUCCUUGUUUUUCUUUUUACCAAAACAAUUACAUAUAAAAGAAAUAUCUACCUAUACAUACACCAGUCAAAUCAAAUAGGUAUACAUUUACACCUCUUUGCGCUUCUUUAACUACAUACUCUUCUUCUUUAUUUGUUUACCGAUUUAAAAUUUAUUAAUCUGUACUAAUAAUAUAAAGAGGUAAAGUUUUGUAACUUUGUUUGUCGCCUAGAAACUUUCGAAAAUACAAAUCCAAUCAUGAAAAUUUAUUCACUUGCGGGAAGCUACAUCGCGUAUGAUGUGACAAGUCACAUAUCGGCUAUAAUUUACGCAGGCGAAGUCGCAGGAAAACAGCUAGUUUUAAAAUCAAUAUGUUUGAGGCUGAUUUUAUCACACAAUAGCGUAGCAGUGCUCAAGUAGUAAAGAUAUUUAUGACUUGAUGAUGAUGAUUUUAAAAUCAACCAUGACCAUGGAUAUUCAAAUGCAUUUUGUAUUUAAACUAGUCAUAUUAUUCAUUGAAUAAAUAUUUAUCUCUUUUAAAUAAGUAUAAG